AUGACUUCUUGCAAGUAUCUCGCACUUGCAGCUCUCCUCCUCCUGCUUAAAUUGAUUACGGUCACCGCCGCUGCUGAAGCCGACCUGGACGUCCGAAAUGAUAUUGACAACGUCGACUACAUAGGCCUCGCAUCCGAGCCCGGUGAGGAUGAUGAGACAUGUAUCCUAACUCCUCCAGUGACUGGGGAGCCCCAUGAGCCCUAUAUAGAAGCCCCGACGCCUGGCAUCCCCAAGAAGGCAGUUCCCCCAACAAUAAACCCCACAAGUGCCAUUAACAAGGCUGCUACGAAAGCAAAGAAGGCAACGCCCACGGACUCUACCACUGCUACGAAAGAGGGACUAAAGGCAAAAGCUGGUGCUCAGAACGCCAACCCUAGAAAGACUAGUGAGAAUCCUGUCUUGAAAAGGGCGGCUUCGCAGAGAGCCAAAUGCAAGGCUGCUUCGAAGAAAGAGAGCCUCGGGAAAGCUGUAGCCGAGGGCACAACCGGCCCAUCGAAGCCGGCUCUUAAAGGGGUCCAUGGAAAGACUGUUAGAAAGGAGGGUGGUCCCAGAAGACAGUUGCUCAGGGAUCCAAGGGCAAGGCUGCUUCCAAGAUUAAAGCGACAUUCAAGAUUGAGAUUGCGGCGGCCAAGACCAAAGCGACUUCAGAGGCCAAACCCACUUCCAAGACCAAGGCGACCUUCAAGACCAAUACGACUUCGGACACCAAAACGACUUCGAACACGCAGACGACUUCGAACACGCAGACGACGUCGGAUACCAAGACGACGUCGCACACCAAGACGACAUCGCACACCAAAACGGCUUCCAAGACCAAACCUAUUUCCAAGAAGGUGGAUGCUGAAGGGCCAAAGGGAAAGGCCACGGCCAAGAGCAGGGCCGGUCCCAAGGGUACUGAAGGUACGGCUAGUUCCAAGAAAGCGAAGACGGAGAAGACUGCGUUUCUCAAACGGACCCCAGGGCAAAGCUCCUUCCAACCCAAAAAUUCGCAGAAACAAACGAGGGCCAAGAAAUCGAGGGACAACGCGGCUUCUAGCAAGGCUAGCUCUCAGAAGGCUGGUUUAAAGAAGGCUGGAGCCAAGGGGACUAGGCGAAAAGAUGCUUGCAGGAAGUCUCGAGACAAGGCUGGCAGAGGCACAAACAUAAAGGAGACUGGUACCAAUAGCAGGAACAAAAUGAAGGAGAAGAGUGUUGGUGACAGGAAGGUCGGCAAGGAUGCUAGAAAGGCCGGUCUAAGUUGCUCGAUCAAACAACACCAGUUCAAUAG